UAUUCAUUCAUUAACCCUGUAUAUAUUAACUCUUUUCACUGAUAAGUGUAAGUAAUAAAAAGUGUUGCAUGACAAUUGAUUUCCUGUUUUAAUACAGUGAGGUGUGGGUGGGGUAGGUUAAGCUACCAAUCAUAGCAAUACAUUUAGUGGCGCUGCGAGCAGGGUAACUUAAUCUUUGUCCGAUAUGUUUCGGAAAAAGGAGAAAGUUAUCUACGAAUCUGCAGAGGCAUGGGAAAAGAGUUUACAAAAUGCAGAACCAGUGAAUGUAGUACGGACCUUAGAGAAGUUUCCCUGUAAAUCAGGUGAUGUAGUUACCCUAGCUCGUAGGAGUUGGGUGUUGGCUUCAGCAUACCGUAUUGUGCACACACGGCUAUGUGAGGCAAUCGAUGAAAAAAAAACAGCUUCAACGGAAAACGUUGAAAGCAGAAGGAAAGUGUUUAACUUUGGAAUGUAAUGUCAAAAUCUUGCGAGAUAAAUUGGAACACUACCAGCACAUAGCUGAAAAGACUUCUGUGUUGGUGGCUCAGCAUAAAUAUAAAUUUUGUUGGCAUUUUGCCAAAGUAUUUGGAACUUUGCCAAGAGGCAUAAAAUUUGUUGGCACUGUGCCAAAAAUACUUUGGCGUUUUGCCAAAUUUUUUGGCAGUUUGCCAAAUAACAGAAAAAGAGAAGAAUAAUGUUUGGAAAAAGGGAGAAAUCCAAAAUUGUGAAAAAGAACCCCAAGAUAUACCCGGCUGGACCGAGUCACCUUAUUGUAUAGUGGCACAAGAAUUAUGUACACAUGGGUUAGCAGAACAAUGGGAUGAGAAAGUAGAAGAGAUAAACCCUCUAGAUGUUGUAAAUACUCUAGAGAAGAUUCCCUGUAAAUCAGGUGAUGUAGUAGUACUAGGAAAAAGAGUUCCAUUAGGAUUCUGGAAUAGAAAAUUAUCUGAUGUAGGUGAAAAAUAUACGCCUUUUGAAAAACAGCUAUUGGCAUGUAAUUGGGCAUUGGUUGAUACUGAACAACUAACCUUAGGACAUGAAGUACUUUUAAGACCACAAAUACCAAUUAUGCAGUGGAUAAUGUCUAAUCCUAAAUCAAAUAGGAUAGGACAUGCUCAGGAACAGAGUAUAAUAAAAUGGAAAUGGUACAUUUCCGAAAGGGCAAAAAAGGGAGGAGGACUCAGAAUAGGGAGUUAGCCAAGCCCCCAUAUGGGUGAAACAUGAUUUUCGUCCAUACGUCAAUUUAUCCAUACAUAGGAAGGGGGGGAAUGUUCAAAAAGACAUGUGUACCUUUUUGCAAAAUACUGUUGUAACUGUAUUUCAUGUGGAUGCUCAUGUUACUCUUGACUCAUUGGAACGUUUGUUUAAUUCUCAAGCAGAUGCUGAAGCGGCUAUUUACAACAUCCAACAAAGAAAUCAUUGAAAAAGAAACAUAAUGGUUCUCAUUUCACUGGAAAACAAGUAAAGGAUUAUGCAACUGACAAUAAUAUAGAAUGGGUAUAUCAUAUUCCCUACUAUCCCCAAGCAGCAGGGUUAGUCGAAAGAAUGAAUGGUAUUCUGAAAGCAACCCUAAAGAAAUUAUCAAUAAUAGGCCUAUAACUGAUUCCACUACUCCAUUGAUGAGAAUGUUAAAUCCUAAUUUAGUAGUAUCAGCUGCAAAAAUUGAUAGUAUCAUCUAUUGGAAAUUACAUAAGGAUGCCCAAGCACCUUACAGAGGAACACCAGCAUCGGCUGGACUAGAUUUAUGUUCUGUUGAUACUAUAAUAACUGCACCUGGACAAGUAAAAAUGAUUCCUACUGGUCUGGAAUGCAAAAUUCCUGAUGGUCAUUAUGGCCAAAUAACAACCAGAUCUAGUUUUGCACUAAAAAGAACCACGGUAGUAGGAGGAGUAAUUGAUUCAGAUUAUCAGGGAGAAAUAAAGAUACUAAUGAUGAAUUUAGGAUCAGAUUCAGUAAUUGUGUCCAAAGGAGAAAGAACCGCUCAACUUUUACUGAUACCUAUUUAUUUAUCAGAAAUAAAGGAAGGUGAGCCACCAACAGAAUUAACAGUACGAGGAGAUAAAGGGUUUGGGUCCACUAAUACUGUAAAUGUAGGAGCUAAAAUAUGCGUACAAAAUAUACAAGGACCGCCCUCUCCCGCCGAAGUUAUAACUGUUGGAAAGGAUAGAACAUUGUUAAUCAUGAAGCCUGGACAAGAAAGAUGGGAAUAUGUCCCACAGGAAAAAUGUUAUCUACGAGAAUGAUUGAUAUUUGUUUAUAAUUACAGAUAAAGAACCAUUGGUCUUUCCUUGGAAUCCUUGGGAUCUGGUGUUUGGCAUCAAACGGAAGCGCAUGGACUCCGGGGAUACGAGUGACUAAUACCCAUAAUUCCACUCGCAAUUGGGGAUGGAAAAAUGAUACUUCUAAUCGAACAGAAUAUAUGGACCAGUUAAGAAAAAUGGGUAUACAAAACGUAACUGGACAAUAUAAUUGGACUUUUACUGCCAAUAGUAAAUGGAUAAUAUGUGCAGAUGCUACUAACAUUGCUGGAAGAAGAGUACCUUGGCAAUCUUUAUUGCAUGUUAAUAUUGUAUUUCCUGCCAAGAGAUCAUGUCAUAAUGCGAGACGUAAAAGAGCAUGGUAUGAUACCCUUUUAGGGGGAUAUGGUACAUUGGCAGGAACGUUAAAUAGUUUUGACAUAGAAACUUUAGCUAAUAGAAUGCACAAGGCAGGAGGCUUAACUAAUGAUGCUGUAGUGUGGCAAGCUAAAUGGAUGCCAACUAUUUGGGCCCCAUUACAACAACAAGUUGAAAUUGAUAAAAAUAUCAAUAAUAUGGAAUUGGAAGUUAAUAAUUUCAGUUUGAAUUUUGAUACUAACAUGAAAAAAAUUGUUAACUGGACAGUAUGUACAUUGCAGACUAUUUAUGAACAACAACAAAAAGAUAAUAUGAAAACUUUAUUAAUGACGGGUAAUGAACAAGUAUGGAGAACCGUGUUUAAUAGAACACAAGAAUGGAUACAAAUAUAUCCACAUCAAAUGGUCUGCAAUGACACCAUAUGUAAAGGAACUGUGAUAUUGUUUAAUAUAACACGUCCGACUAUUAUGUGUAAGUAUAUAGUAAUGCCUUUAAUUAUCUCUGGAUAUUUUUGGCAGCCUCUAUUUGUAGGAGCAUAUAUAGAUAACAAAAAUAGAACACACAAUUUAGAAAAUUGUGAAGAUACAUAUAAUGGGAAAGUUUGUAAAUUACAAUCAUCAGUAUAUGAACCAUGUUUAUUACAAAAUUCUAUUAAUCAGUGUUUGUGGACUGUCCUUCCACUAUCUUAUGAAUGGAUGUUAGAAAUCAGUCCACAAGUGAUAUGUGUAGUCACUAAUCAAUCUGUAAUACCUAAAAUGCAGACCCCUUUUGUUGGUUGCAUACACAAUGUUUCAGCAUUUACAUGGCAAAAUCAAACAUUUUUAUUAUCUCCAAAUGAGAUGAUUAAUAUUACCCAUAUUUGGACCCCUCACGUACUAGAUCCACCCAAUUGGAAUUUGUCUUUACAUCGCUUAGAGCGAAUUAUGAAUUCUUCGAACGAAGUACGUGAUGUUAUUGUACGAUUGAAUAACAGUUUGGCAGCUCACCAAUUAUAUACUACCAUAGUAGCUCAAAAAAUUGUAAAGUUAGGUUCAACUAUUGCAGAUGCUACAUCUCACCAUUGGUAUGAUGUUUUCACUGGGUAUAGCCCUUCUGCUGAACACAUGUUCUCUGUCCUGAUUCAUCCCUUGCUCAUCAUCAUGAUAUGUAUGUGUAUUCUAACUAUUUGGAAUUGUUAUGUCUUCUAUGGCAUGUGUUGUAAACCAACAACACAACAAAUUAAAAUGGUAACCUACGGUCGCAUUAAUCAUUAGGGGCCGAAUGUGAUACAAAUGUGAUGUGUGUGUCUAUGACUGACUAAUUGAUUAGCCAGAAUAGAAAGGACUGGGGUCAAUAUAAUGAAGCAUAGGCAAUAGAGAUAAUGAUUAAGGCUCCUGUAGGUUACUAAAAGUCAAAAGAACAAUUCAUAUAAACAUGUUGUUGCAAGCGUGAAUCAUAGUUAUGAGACUGAUAUUUGCUGCCAAAUUCAAUAGUUCCUGUAGGUUACUAAAAGUCAGACUCGCCUGAUGUUGUUGUGCAACAUCAGGCCCAAUCAGUAAUUGCCUUGUGGGAUCAACCCCACGAAUGAAGUAUAAGGUUUGAGAUUUUCCCAUAAUAGCUAGGGACUUUGCCACUGCUGACGAGCUGUGUGAUGUUGUUAUGGUUUGCUGCCUCCAAAAUGCCGUGUCCCCCGGUUGGAGUGAUGAUAUAAUAUCUAGGUAACGUAUUCAUUCAUUAACCCUGUAUAUAUUAACUCUUUUCACUGAUAAGUGUAAGUAAUAAAAAGUGUUGCAUGACAA